AUGUUAUCGCGCGAAAUUGAACUGGCUUGCAAUUACCGGAAAUGCAGGCAGCCUUUACUUGAAACAGCUGUUGUAACUAUUUGUCAACAUAUAUUUUGUCCUACCCACGGACCAAAUCUUGAAUCUGGGCAUCAUCGAACUAAUUGUCCAGCCUGCAAUUCACCGCUUGAUAGAAAUGCAAACGAUUUUAUUGAAGUUGAUUUACAACCGUCCGAUCGAUUUAAGUCCCUUAUACUUGCUGGACAAUCUCCAUAUGUUAUAUUGGAUAUUACGAAAAGGGCCAUCAGUUUUUUCCAAUUGCAACAAUCUUUAAGAUCUCAAUUUGUAGAAUACGUUGCGGCAAAAUCUGUUGAGAAGACUAGAUUAUUAGAAAAAGAGCUAAAAUCAUUGACACUGAAAAUGAAGGAAGAAAAUUCUGUCCAUGAACAUAUGAAGAAAGCCUUAACUCAUGAGUGUGAAGAAUUGCGAUCUAAACUGAUUGCAUCUGAUCAAAGGUUAUCCCAACUCGAACGAGAAUGUCAAAAGUUAAGAGCUUCUUCUCGGAAUGAUGGUCCAAAUAUUAGCUCCACGGAAUCUGAUCUUUUGAAUAGAUCAUUUGUACGACCAAGUAAUAUGACUAAACAAUCUUGGAAUCCUGACCUAAAGCGAGCUCAUGAAGCUAUGCGGAUUUCGCCUGAUACAGUGUCUGAUUACAGUCCAAUGAAAAGCUCCGUUCGACUUAAUCAAGAUCGACACAUUUUCGAUCAGCCUUUUCGGCCAAAUCGUGGUUCUCCAUUUCGAUUCGUGCCUGUUAAUCCAACUGCUCGGGAACCUAAAAACGAUUCUACUUCAAAGACCUUCCAAUUUAAUUUCAAUAACGAUCGCCAUCGAAAUCGUAAACCGGGAUUUCCUGAUUUCACCGGUACACUCAGCAGAUGA